GACACAUACUACGAUGCCGUCGACACAUUGGAUAUGCUGGGAAUGGAAAACGCGAUGAAAGCCAUGGUUAAACUCGGCCAUCCGGAGCUGGUUGAGCAAUGCCGGCUGUACGAACGAGAGCUCAAUAAGGAAGACGAACGUGCUGAGAAUAGUGACGACGAUGUUAAUGCUCGAAUGCGGUAA